AUGAGAGCGCGGCAGGCGGAGAGCGCGGCCAAGGCGAGGGCGCACGAGCUGAAGGUCAGGGCCGCCGCGAUCGCGGCGCGGGAGAAGCUACGAGAGGAGCAGAAGGCGAUGGCGGAGCAUUACGAGCAGGAGCAAGCCAGGCUGACGACGCUUCACGAAGCCGCCGCGAAGAAGCGUCGCGCGGAGAUUCGCGCCGAGGACGAACGGCGGAAAGAGCUCGACCGCCAGCGAGAGAUCGAUAAGCGCGCGCACAUGAAAGCGCUGCGGGAGAAGCAGCGCGCGAGGGAGGCGGCGUGGGCGGCGAGGAUGGAGAGCGAGGACGGCGAGCGCACGACGGGGAUGGCGGUGGAGAUUCGGGAGUUCCAGAAGCGGAUGGACUCGGCGAGGCGAGCGGACAGCGCGCGGCGGAGAGACGCGCAGCGCAGGGAACGACGCGAAGCUAGGGAGAAAGAGGCUGAGUACCGCGAGCAUCUCCAGAGGAUCGCGGACGAGCAAGCGGAGAAGGCGGCGCAGAGGUUGAAAGAGAUUCGAGCGGCGCAGAAGAAGGCGGCGCGCGACGCCGCGAAGAAGCAGGCGGAGCGCGUGGAGAGGCUCAAGCUCGAGGAGGAAGCCGCGAGGUCGAAGGACGAAGAGAUGAAGACGCGGAUAGCCGCGAGGAAAGGCAUGCUCGUCGCGUGA